AUGCAUACUUCAACAAUCGGCCUCUGGGCCUUGGCCGCCGGCAUCGCCUCUGCUAAGACUUGUUUCAAUGCCACCGUGGAGGUCGAUAUUUCAGCACGCAAUGGCGUUUUCGACAACAUUAAGACUCCCGAGACCAACCUGGACGCUACCACUUUCGCUCUCGCUUCGUCCAAGACUGGCGGCAACAUCACCGAGGAGGCUUUAUCUGGCUAUGCUACCGUGGGUGGACGUUACAAUAUCUCAACCCAAUACUGCAUGCCAAAGAACUCGGGACCCGGUGGCCAUUCGCUCCAGAUCCUGACUCAUGGCAUGGGCUUUGACAAGUCAUACUGGGACUUGCCCUACCACAACUUCAAUUACUCCUACGUGGACUACGUCCUGGCCCGAGGCUACCACACCUUCUCUUAUGACCGACUCGGCAUCGGCAAAUCUUCCCACGGCGAUGCGAAGAACGAGAUCCAGUCAUUCCUUGAAAUCGAGGCCUUGGCUGAGUUGACCCGCAAGGUGCGCGACGGCAGCAUCGAAGGCAUCCAGAAGCCCUCCAAGGUUGUCCACGUUGGACACUCCUUCGGCUCUGCUCAGACUGUCGCCUUGUCCGCUAUGUACCCCGACCUUUCGGAUGCGCUUGUCCUCACUGGAUUCUCCGCCAGCAUUGCCUCUAUGCCCGUCUUCCUCUCCGGCGCCAACUUCCAACAGGCCAACCUGAACCACCCCCCCUGGAUCUACACCAGUGGGUACUUGGUCAACUCCGACAUUGGCACCAACAAGUUCCUCUUCUUCUACCCCGGCAACUUCGACGAGGGAAUCCUGUCAUAUGCCGAGAAGAACAAGCAGCCCAUGACCGUGGGUGAACUCAUGACCAUGACUGGUCUCCCAACAUCCAGUCCUUUCACCGGUCCAGUGUACGUGAUUGAUGGUGAGAAUGACAUUGCGUUCUGUGGUGGUGCUUGCUCUUACACCACCGACUCCUCGGCUUCCAUCCCUGCCGGUGUCAAGGCUGUCUUCCCCAAGGCCAGUGCCUUCACUGCCUACAUCCAACCCGAAACCGGACACGGCAUCAACUUGCACUACAACUCAACCGGAGCCUACCAGCAGAUCAACGACUUCUUGGGCGCUCAGGGCCUGGUGAGCGCGAGCCAUGACCACGAGGCUCGUCACCAUCACGACUUCUGA